AUGGACGAAUCACACGCCAGUAGCAGUUUCCUCAGCGGCGACGGAAAUAGCCUCAUGCGCUGCAGCCUACAAAGCUGCACUAUCAGAAAUUCAUCGGUGAAGCGAUGUGUUCUGAAUGACUGCAUCUUAUCAAACGUGGAAUACGCGUCCCGCUCUACGGCCAAAAACUCCAAUUUCCAAGAUGUCGCGCUCAUAAAGCGCAGCGAGAUCACAGAUAGUGUCCUGCAAGGCCGAAGUUCGGUAAAACGAUCGACCCUGAAAAAGGCAGUCAUCAUGGAUAAAAGUGAGCUGAAGCGCGGUACCAUUACUGGGACAACAAUUUCGAAGAGCCAGAUUGAGAGGGCUAGCUUGACCGACUGUGAUGUGGCCGAAUGUGUUGUUUCUCGGUCCGAUUUCAGAGGAAUGAUUCUCAAAUACGGUGUUUGGAAGAAGGGCAUACUUGUUGGCAAGAUCGGGGAUCGUGAACCGGUCGCUAUCAAGAUGGACGAUUCAGGGACGGGAAUAUCUGUUCAUGCCGCCAUUGCUACGCCUGUGGUUCCUCAGUUGAAAUCCAAGACUACCCAUGGAUUAGAUGAGCACCCUCCUGUCUACAAUGUCGAUUCCGAUGUCAGUUUGGACAGCGACGAUGACUCUGACAAUGAUGACGAUUCACCGCCACCUUAUAAGGCAUAG